AGCGGGAGUGUGACCAUGGCAGCAGCCACGCAGCAGAUGUCCAGUCUGCCCAGCGGACUCCGGAUCUGUACCACCGUGCCGGACAUCCUCUACCUGCCCGAGCUGGUGUUUGGAGGGCUAGUAUGGAUCCUAGUAGCGUCUACACUUGUGACAAUGCCAAACCCUCUAGGAUGGGUGAUGUUUGUAUCAGUCUUCUGCUUUGUGAUGACCUUCCUCUGGCUCAUCAUCUUCGCCUGCGGAGCACACAAAAACAGCAGCGCCUGGGCUACAGCGGACUUUAUUUAUCACCUGAUUGCUGUUAUAUUCUAUCUGAGUGCAUCAGUGACCCUGGCCUUUGUGACUAUCGGCAUGAAUAGUAUAGCAGCACUAUAUGACAAGUACUAUAAAAUCGACAUCGCAGCUGUGGUGUUCUCGUAUGUUGCCACAUUGCUUUACUUCAUCCAUUGCAUCCUUUCUGCUGUGCGGUGGAAAUCCUUCUAAUCAAAUAAUCUCAGCAAAAGGAAAUAAUUUUGACACAAAAUCUUUAAUAAACUGAAAAUAAACACUGGAAAACCACUGGGGCUGAAAGAUGAAAUCUCAGGAGUCAGUCCUUAGAAAAAUUGUGUUUAUUGUACUAGUACAGAUAGCAUUUCAAAAAAGUUUCCCUUCCCCCAAAUAUAAGAGGGCACUACACAGAAACACAAACCACAGCAAUCAUGAUGGAAUAAACCUGCUUAUUCUUUUCAUAUUAGAUUAUUCUAACCUCAUUACUUUUCUAAUGAUGAUGCAAUCUUAUAUUUGGGGGAAGGGAAACUUUUGAAAUGCUAUCUGUACUAGUACAAUGAAUGACACAUGUGGAUAAAGAAACAAUGUGGGUCUUGUAUACUUCUUGUACCUUUGUAACAGAUAAAUCAAUUUUUGUAUAUUUAGCUAAUACGCACUAUGAACAACAUAAUAUUUUAAUGAAAGAAUAUGAACUGGACAGAAUUCCCUGUGUAAGUAAUUCCUGAGUUAUGUAUGGGCUGUAUAAAUAUGACUACAUAAAUAUGCUACAUAUGACUACAUGCAUUUUCAAACAGGCAAAUAAACACAUUUAAAAUAAAUAAUAAUAAAAAAU